AUGCCGCCUAAAUCAAGGAGAAAUCGACGUGUGUCGACGCCGACGCGAGAUGACCUCGAGCCCGCUCGAGAAGGUUCUUUCACGAGAGAUGACGUCGCGACGCUUGUGGAUUCGUUGCAACGGUCGCAAACCAACGCCUUCAGGGAACUGCUGGAAAGCGUCAUCACAACCUCUAGGCACCCGUCGUCGUCUACUACAUCGACACCGUUUCCUGUAGAAGGAGGAAAUUUCUCUCGCUGCAAAGCUCGAUUCGCUGGAAAUGCGGAAGAGUCCAUCGAAGGUUUUAUUGACGCCAUUGAGGCCUACAAAGAUUGUGCCAACAUCUCGGACGAUAACGCCAUUCGUGGGUUAUCAAUACUACUAACGCAUUCAGCCGCAGAUUGGUGGCAGGGCAUAAAACCGGAGAUAACUUCAUGGGCCAAAGUCAUUGAUAGCUUGCGCCAUACCUACGGCGACAAUCGAGCUCCGCCACGCAUUUACCGCGACUUAUUUGCUGCGCCACAAGGCGAAGAAAAUACUCAUGUUUUCGUCGCAAAGUGUAGAGCCCUGUUGGCAAAAUUGCCGCGUAGCGAGUUGGCCGAGAAGGUACAAUUGGAUAUGGUGUACGGACUGUUAAACAAACGUAUACGCAAACGUGUUAAGAGGGAAGAGUGCGCAACGUUUAAGAUAUUGUUACAAAAGGCGCGCGCCGUCGAAGAAUCGUUGAACGAGAGUACGAACGAUACAAAGGCCGCCGCCGCUUCCAAGAACGUGAGCUACGCCUCGCCGAGUCGUCCCGUCGCCGUGUCAAAGCCGCCGCGCGCUACCGCGAGCGCGAGCGCCGCGCCGCCGUCCCGCGAGCCUCGCGCGCCUCCGCCGCGUCGUAUAGAUGAUAACAGUGAUAACAAUACAGCGUCCGCGUCCGCCGCGAAAUCUAAGUCGUAUAGUAAGAAGUGCGGGUAUUGUAAACGUUACGGCCACGUAAAAGAAGAAUGUAGAAAACUAAAUAAAGACUCUAGUGCUGUGGACUUUUCAGGGACAAACCAGAAUGAUGAGGACUCCAAGGAGCCUACACCUGGAGCCCUAAUGGACCAGAAUGACUCUGAGGACCCCGUGUUGGAUUUAUUUGACAUAAUGAGGAAUACACAAAAAGGCAUCAGCGGCCAAUUUUAG